CCCGCCCGCGCGCGGCCGCAAAGCACGGCCGCCGAGCACGGCGCCUUGGGCGGGCCGCCGGAGGGGCGCCCCGGCGCGCGGCGGCCCCUCGGCGCGCGGCGGCCGGGGCCGGCGCGGGCGGGCAGCGGGCCGCCGCGCGGCCGGGGGCGCCGCGGGGCGCGGCCCGGCGCGCCGCUGCGGGCGCGCGGGCGGGGCGGGGCGGCGGCGCUCGCGGCACUGCUGCUGGCGUCCGCGGCGGCGGCAGCGGCCGCAGAGGCGGAGGCACAGCUGCACAAGCUCGCGGCCGAAGACGGGCAAUCGGGCGAGGAGUUCGGCAAGUCGGUCGCCAUUAGUUCCGACGGGAGCCGGGUUGUUGUGGGGGCCUCUGGAUUCGGUUUCCCCGGGUCCGCGCACGUGUUUGACGGGCACACCGGUGCGCGGUUGAACAAAUUCGUCGCUGCUGACGGGGCCACCAACGACCAGUUCGGCCAUUCGGUGUCGGUAAGCUCCGACGGGAGUCGCAUUGCGGUCGGGGCCCCAAACGGGGACGGUGUGGUCUCCAGCUCUGGUUCCGCGUACGUGUUCGACGGGGCCACUGGCGCGCGGUUGCUCAAGAUCGUGGCGACAGAUGGUGCCGUCGCCGACAGGUUUGGUAAUUCGGUGUCCAUGAGUUCCGACGGGAGCCGGAUGGUGGUAGGGGCUCACAGCGACGACGACGUCGGCUCGAGCAGCGGGUCUGCGUACGUGUUCAAUGGAGCCACCGGCGUACAGUUGCACAAGCUCGUGUCAGGUGAUGGUUCUUCAUAUGACAUCUUCGGUUUCUCGGUGUCCAUGAGCUCCGAUGGGAGUUGGGUGGUAGUGGGGGCUUACAAGGAUGACGACGUUAAACGCGAUGCUGGAGCGGCGUACAUAUUCGAUGCGGUGACUGGCGUACAGUUGCGCAAGCUCGUCGCGGAAGAUGCGGCCAACAACGACCAGUUCGGCUACUCGGUGGCCGUGAGCCCAGACGGGAGUCGAGUGGUUGUUGCUGCCCCAUACGAGGACCACCGCGGUAAUCGCGCUGGAGCCGUCUACAUGUUCGACAGGGUCACUGGCGCGCAGUUGCACAAAUUCGUGGCUGACGACGGGGAUACUUACGAUACGUUCGGAUUCUCGGUGUCGGUGAGCUCCAAUGGGAAUUCAGUAGUGGUGGGUGUAUACGGCGACGACGACCUCGGCUCUCGUUCGGGGUCCGUGUACGUGUUCAACGGGACCACCGGCACGCAGAUACACAAGAUCGUGGCAGACGACGGGUCUUCAAGCGAUAAUUUCGGUUGUGCUGUAUGCGUCAAUCCCGAUGGGAGUCGAGCGGUGGUGGGGGCCUGCAACGGCGAUGUCCAC